CUGCCGUGUCGCCGGACAUGAACGGCAUUGCUCCUGCCUCCGCCCCCGCCCCCGCUCCGGCCGCCCCCUCGUGGCACCACGUCGGCAGGACCCUCUCCGGCGCCGGCGCUACGGGCCUGACUGCCGCCGGCACGGUGCUCCUACUCCUCUACCUCGCGGGCCGCUUCGUCUGGGUGUACAACAAGGAGGUGGCCGCCGCGAACGCGCCCGGCGCACGGGUCGACUCGGCCGCCCCGGUCCGCGUCGUCGUGGUCCCGCGGCCCCUCCGCAGCGCCGCGCCGCCGGUGUCGCAGCUCCCGGCGUUCGUGCGCGGCGGGGAGGGCCACCGGGGCGCGCCGGAGGAGUGCGCGGUGUGCCUCUCGGAGUUCGCGGAGCGGGAGGCCGGGCGGCGGCUGCCGGGGUGCGGCCACGGGUUCCACGAGGCGUGCAUCGCGGCGUGGCUCCGGCUCAACUCGACGUGUCCCCUCUGCCGCGCCGCCGUGGCGUCGCCCGGGUGAAUGCAAACAAGGCGAGGAGGGGCGACGGCCGUGGUCCGCAUGGUGCGCAACGUACGUGUGCAUGUAGAAUUGGAGUAGAUGUAGAUAGACGUCGUUCGAAGCCAGCUCGGGCGUUUGUCUCCGUUCUGGGGCAUAUUCGCAUAUCCGGCCGCAGCGCUUGCAAGGCACAUAUAUUUCUCUUGCGUGACAUGUGUAUAGUUGAUCCAUUAGUUGGUACUCCUUUCUUUUUUUUUUGCGGGAAAAACUUUCAAUCUAUUCAUCU